AUGGACAACGCUCCUUCACACAUUGUUGCUGACCUGGAACUCACCAACAUCACGGUCCAGGUUCUUCCUCCUAAUACGACUUCAAAGGUCCAACCCAUGGAUGCUGGGAUUAUUGCCGCAUUCAAGAGGCACUACCGCCGGCUGCAUCUGCAGAAUGCCUUGGACCGUGACGAGAGCAGAGAAACCAACCUUUACAAGGUUGAUCAGCUCACGGCCAUGCGUUGGUCGCUGGCUGCGUGGAGCGAGAUUUCCAGUGCCACAAUCGCCAACUGCUUCCAUCAUACGGGACUCAUGGACGGUCCGGCUCUGCCGACUGGUGAUGGUGAAAACGAAGCCGGCACUGUUGGCCGGCAGGCCCAGCAGGAGGCAGCUGCUGCUGCAGUAGAGGAGCAGCGCGUGGAACAGGAUCUUGUUUCGGCGCUGGAAAGGCUCCCGCUCCGCAAUCCCAUAUCGAUCGCUUCUCUUAUCAAUCCGGCUGAGGAGGAGGAGACGGCGCAUGCGGAGCUGACCGAUGCCGAAAUCAUCAAGCUUGUUGAGGAUCCGUAUGGGGAGGAGGAAGGUGCUGCUGAGGCGGAGGAGGAGGUGGAAAAGCAUUCGAAGGCUGAAAAGCUUGCCAGCCUUAGUCUAUCCAUCGCCCUUCUCGACCUUUCUCAGGAGUCCCAUCGUAAAGCUCACCGGACCCUUCGCCAAGUCCAAGCUGAUCUCCGUAGUGCGAGCACCACUCAGGCCACACUUGAUUCCUGGCUGAAGUAG